UGCUCACCCACUUCCUCUACCUGAGCUGCUUUGUCUGGAUGACCGUCGAGACGGUAGUUUUACUCCACGCCACCAGGGGUCUCCAGCAGCUCAGCAGGAACGCGCCGCUGCAGCCGCCGGCCCCCUGGAAGUAUGUGUAUGCCAUGGCCUAUGGGGUGCCUCUAGUCGUGGUGGCCGUGUCUGUGGGGAUGAGACCAGACGCCUACGGGAGCGAGCAGUGCUGGCUGAGCAGAUCAGAUGGAUUCAUUUGGAGCUUCACUGGCUCUCUGCUCGUUAUGUUUGGCGUGAACGCUGUUCUCUUCAUGGUCAUCUUCAUCAUCCUCCGUCUGUCAGAGUGCCCAGAUCCUAAUGUCUCAUAUGCCAGUGGCCUGACACUGAAGGCCGUGUUCCAGUUUGUGAUCCUGUCGUUGCCGUGGAUACUGGGCAUAGUGGCGCCUAGCUACGAGGGCCUGGAGAUUCUGGUCAUCCUCCUGCACUCCCAGCAGGGCUCAUGUCUCUUUAUCAUGCACUGUGUCUUUAACGCUGAGGUAAGGCGUCAGUAUGAGAGAUGUUGGCAGCGUGGUCUCAGGUGUCCCUCUAGAUCCGACCAACCAGCGCAGGAAUUCCACAGCAUCGCCGUAGAGACGGCAGGUGCCAGCCAAUCACGACAGAGGGCUCGUCCUCCUCCCAGCCAAAGGGAACAGCUUGCGCUGCAGGCCAUGCGUGAUGCCCCUCCCACUUCAACAGGUGCUGGCCAGUCACAACUUAAGGCUCCUCCUCCUGGCCAAUCAGAACUCAAGGCUCGUCCUCCUGCCCAAUCAGAACUCAAGACUCGUCCUCCCGGCCAACCACAACUCAAGGCUCGUCCUCCCGGCCAACCACAACUCAAGGCUCGUCCUCCCGGCCAACCACAACUCAAGGCCCGUCCUCCCAGCCAACCACAGCUCAAGGCCCGUCCUCCUGGCCAAUCAGAAUUCAAGGUUUGUCCUCCCGGUGAAUCAAAACUCAAGGCUCGUCCUCCUGGCCAAUCACAAUUCAAGGCUCAUUCUCUUGGUCAAUCAGAACUCAAGGCUCGUCCUCCCAAUCAAUCAGAACAGGCCACACCGGCCGAACAGAAUACAGCGGCCACUCAACCAGCCAAAUCAAUGGGAGUUAUCAAUGUUCUUUGGUCUGCUGCUGUAUUUGAUUCUGAUUCGGAUUGAACACUGCAUUUGAUUUGCCCUCCUUUGUUACUCUGUGUAAAUUAUGUUGUUUUUGUAGUUGCACAAUAGCAAAAAAAAUAUCCCUAAUCUCACAAAUGCUAACUCAACAAAAUAAACUAUUAUAAUGCUACAAAGACAAUAAAGACAUCAUCAGCCAGUGGAUGCAAAGCAAGACAACAGUCUUUAUUUUCAAUGUUCAUUUAAAAACAUGACAUUUAGCCUCUUGUAUACUAACAACCCCCCCCCCCCUUCUUGGUUAUCAUUGGUAAUUAAAAACAGCAUUGACUCUACUCACUUUUCUGUGCCUUAAAUGUUUACUCGUUUACUGGCAUUGUUUUUUCCCCUUAACAUUGUGUAGCCUACGAGCUAUCAGGUUUCCAAUGGGAUACAGUGCAACCAUGUAAGUAGCUAACUUAGUUGGCAACAACGCUGUCGCACAUUGACUGCUAACCUUCAAGCAACCUUGUAGGUUGCCGUUGUGAAAUUGGAUUGCUACCAAGUAAGUUGCAAAAGUUAGCAACGCCGCUGUCGAAAAACGCACCCCACAUUCAGUCUCUGUCUGUGUAUAAGGCGAUGAGGAGUUUGUGCCGGUCAUCGCUCACUCUCUUGUGCUCAAGUGGCAUGCUGUCCCAUACAGAACACGAUAAUAUAUAUUAUUUUAUUGAUAUUUUAUUAAGUGAAUGUUUCGACUGUAGCGUCAGAGUCAGCGAAAAAGUGGUCUAUGCUCAGUAUUUGGUUUAAUAUAUUUUCACUGAAGGUCACAGUCUUUAACUACUUUUUUUGAUUGUUCCUCGUUCAAGAGACAAAAAGGGGGGAAUCAAUCACACACACUUGAACCUUUAGGUUUGCGCUUUGGUGUCCCUGUUUGUCAAUCAUUUUUUACAAGACACACCGGCUAUUCUGGUAUGAAGCACACAUACAGCAUUACACACACACACACACACACACAUACAAACACACAAGCCUGUGUAUGGCACAUGUGUCUCCAUCGACAUCCCAGCCCUUACACAACAUAGUAAUAGCCCUUUAUAGAUGAGUGCAGUCUCACAGUACUUAGCAGCUAACCAACACCUCAAGCACAAGCAUUUUAUUUCAUUACAAACACACAGAUUUAUAAUUAACUGUGUGAAGAAGAGACGUUUUUGUUGUCACCCUUCUGAUUUUUGUUUUACUUCCUUUUUUCUUUCCCCCACAAAACGAAGGUGUAUAAAAACAGAAUAUAUACAUACAUAAAAUGAAAUACUAGUAAAGAAAAAAA